GCUAGGUCAGUGCUCGGCGGAUUUUGCCGGCCGCGGUGCUCGCUCCAUUCACUGCCGUUAUCGCGUGACCAACUUUUCGAUGGAUUGCCACAAAUCGCGAUGUCCUAGCAGUGUAUGAGCAUUCCACUCCCACCCAACUCCAGUUCCGUUACCGUUUUGUAACGCAAAAAGCAAAUAAUAUUUUUCGCAUCUCGCUUGCCCAAAACCCACACAAAGUACAAAAAGCGAAUAUCACACUGCGAGCCUUCGAAUUUGCAAGACAUCAGCUGAUUUUUACUUUCCAUGACUGGCCUUGACUCGACGCUUCACUUUCGCGACCCGGCGCAUCCACCAAAAUUGCACCUUGGCAUCGGCUCUCUUAAUCGAGUUAGAUCGCAUCGAUGGCGUUUUAAUAAAGCUUAGUGUGCCCCUAAAUAUUUAAAAUUCCCGAAGGCACUUAAAUUUAUUAAACAAAGUGGCUUGUUUGACUCGAUUAUAAAUUUCAUUUAAAUAAAACGUACCUGUUUGUCGAACGUCCCGGUUCCAUAAAAGAUUUUCUAUUUCUGCUCAAAAUAGAACGCACAUGAAACACUUCAUUGCGCUGAAAUAUUAUUUGCUGGGCUCUUUUCAGUGAUUUCAUUCCUCCAGCAAUAAGACAAGACGUUUAACUCAAUUGUAAAUUAAGAUUUUAUAAUGCAACAUUUGUUAUGCCUACUGAGAAAACCGCAACAGUGCAGAAGUCUUUGUUACAAAGGGCGCGCGAAAAGUUGUUGAAGUUGUUUCGCAAUUUCGGACACCAGAACGAUGGCAGCAGUCAUGACGGAGAUGUCGUCCAACUGGAUGAAGAAUGUGCGAAAGUGUUCGCAAUGGACACUGAUAACAAUGGUUUUGACAUUAACAAAUUUCACGAUUCCGCUCCAGGUAUUCCAAGACAGUAUGGAGAAAAAGAUUACAUACAACAUCGCAAGAAGAGCUACCCGCACAUGCACGCGCCCAUCAAAAUCGGCUCAAAGUCGAUGAGACGUCGCACUUCCUCGCACCAAAUCACGCCAAAUUCGACUCCGCCUUAUGGGACGCCGCCAAAGGAAGCCGUCACAUCUCCGGUUUCCACCUCCGAGCAGCCGUCGGUGCCCACACCCGUCCCCAGCAUCAAGUCUCCAAACGUCGAUUCGGACACGGGGCCGCUGAGCUCCUUCACGCUGCCGGAGGAAUGUGACACUGCGGCCAACAGCUCGGAAUCAGAGUGCGUCCUGUCGGAGCCUUGCGGGUACCACAGUCCUAAUGAAUUUUCGCCCGAACGCAAAGUACAGUUUAUCAACAGCGAAACGAGGGACACGUUUGACGUCGAUGGGCUUAAGGACAAGAAGAAGAAACGUCACCACCAGGGCCACCACCCGAAAUUCCGUAAGUAUUCCCUUCCCGACGACUCCAAUGCCCGCAAACGGCACUUCCACUUCGACAAAACCGACGCGUCUGGAAGUAACAAGGGGCGUCGGGUCUCCACUCAGCCUGAAGAUCUGCCCCUGAUUGCGGCCGAUCGGGACCAACUGGACAGCCAUCGAUCCGACGAUGCUCGCGGCCUCAGAAGACACAAGACUUCACGACCAAGCAAUGCAUCGAUGGUCCACAUCGGCCGGAAGGAGGGCGGCGAUCUGCAUCCCUCCCUCAAGAAGAUGUACGAUCACAGCCCCCAUGCCAUAUUUGUCGAGCUGGAUGAGCUGUUCUCGACCAACGAGGAGCGAGAGUGGAAGGAAACCGCCCGCUGGAUCAAAUACGAGGAGGAUGUGGAGGAAGGUGUUGACAGAUGGGGAAAGCCACAUGUUGCGUCGUUGAGCUUUCACUCGUUGCUGAAUCUGAGGAAGUGUCUUGAGGAUGGACUUGUUAUUCUGGAUAUGGAGGAGCGGGAUUUGCCCGCGAUCGCCUACAGAAUUUCCGAAGAGUUGUAUAAAGAAGAUUUGAUCAGGGAGGACGACAAGGCUAAAAUUAUGAGGGCUUUGCUGUUGAGGCACAGACAUGUUAACGACCAUCACGAGAGAGGGUUUAAGUUUACAAGGAAACACAGUUAUGCGUCUUUACAGUCUUUAUGGCUGGAGGAUGGCGUGAGCUACGAUGCUGUGAUGAUGGCCCGCUGCUCCGUGUGUUCUUCACAGGGACAGCUGUGUCUUCCGCACGCUAUGACUCGCGGUCCUUCUUACCCACACAACCUGCACGACGCCGAAAAGAAAAAAGUCAGCAUUUCGAGCGACGCUUACAAAAACGGCGGUGCUCCAGACGCCAACACCCGGCUGAUGGGCCCCGACCAAACCGUCAUCGACAUAAAAGAAGAAACAUAUUCGGCAAGCUCAGAAGACGUCCGCCGUGCCCGCAACGACGCCAUCCUCAAACGCAUUCCUCCAGGUGCCCAAAGCUCCAGCAUCCUGGUCGGAGAAGUGGACUUCCUGGAGCAACCGGCCAUCGCAUUCAUGCGCCUCGCCGAAGGCGUCAUGAUCCCCUCCCUCAUCGAAGUAAACAUCCCGGUGCGCUUCAUUUUCAUCCUCCUAGGUCCCAAGAAAGCCAAUUUGGACUACCAUGAAGUUGGCCGUUCGAUUUCCACACUUAUGGCCAACCAGCAGUUCCAUAACAUUGCCUACGGUGCCAGCAACCGCAAGGCGUUGCUUUCGGCUAUUAACGAGUUCCUGGACGACAGCAUCGUGCUGCCACCUGGUGAUUGGGAGCGCCAGGCGCUGCUCCCCAUCGAGGAGAUCAAGGCAAAGAGCGAGCUGAUUAAGCGGCGGAAGGAGAACGCGUUGAAAUCGGCCGAGGAGGCACAAGGGGUUACUAAAGCGCUGCUGGCGGCUGAGGAGGAGAAAAAGCCCCCGUACUCCAACCCCUUGGAGCGGACCCGGCGCCCCUUCGGGGGGCUCAUCAACGAUUUAAAACGCCGGUAUCCAUACUUCAAAAGCGACGUCACCGACGGUAUAAACGCCCAGUGUUUCGCUGCGGCGAUUUUCAUGUAUUUCGCGGCGGUUUCGGGGGCGAUAGCCUUCGGGGGGCUCCUGGGGGCCAAAACCAACGGCUUCAUCGGAAUUUCCGAAACCCUGCUCUCGACCUCAGCCGCAGGAGUGAUUUUCGCGAUCUUGUCAGGACAGCCGUUGGUGAUAGUCGGAAGUACGGGCCCUUUGCUCUUGUUCGACGAGAGUUUGUACGAGUUUUGCAAAGCCAACGAUUUCGAAGAUUUGUUUUUGACCACGCGGGUGUACAUCGGGCUUUGGUUGGGCGUGAUUGGACUUGUGGUGGCGUGCUUGGAAGGCAGCGUUCUCGUUAAGUUGUUCACGCGCUUCACUGAGGAUAUUUUCUCGGCGCUUAUCGUUUUACUUUACAUAAUUGAGAGUGUUAUGAAAUUGUUUUUCCUCUACGAUCGGCAUCCACUUCUUGCCGAUUAUUGCGAGUCGGGGGAUGCCAUUAAUAAGUCAUAUCUUGAGGAUUUUUCGGACGGGCAUUAUUUAUCAAAUGAUGGGAACAAUGCAAGUAAUGAUUCCUAUCAGGCGAUGGGGCAUGUGGUGAGGAGGCUGCCAACACACGAUAUGCUGGGGCCGAUCAAUCAACCCAAUACGGCCCUGUUUUGCACCAUUUUGGCGCUGGGGACCUUUGCUAUCGCGUAUUAUCUCAAGUUGUUCCGGAACAGCCAGUUUUUAGGAAGAAGUGCAAGGCGAGCGCUCGGGGAUUUCGGCGUCCCGAUCGCCAUCAUAACCAUGGUUUUCGUGGACUACAUGAAUCCGGCGACAUACACCGAGAAGCUCAACGUGCCCGAGGGCUUAUCUCCCACAAAAUCGGAAAAACGCGGCUGGUUUAUCCCGCCCCACAGCCCCGACCCAGCCUUUCCUGUCUGGAUCAUGUUUGCGUCAGGCAUACCGGCAAUGCUCGUCUACAUUCUCCUCUUCAUGGAGACUCACAUUGCCGAACUCAUCAUCGACAAGAAGGAGCGCAAGCUGAAAAAAGGCAGCGGAUUCCAUUUAGAUAUAGUGCUCAUCUGUCUGAUCAACAUCUUGUGCGGCUUUUUCGGCUUGCCCUGGAUUUGCGCCGCCACCGUGCGAUCUAUUGCUCACGUCUCGGCGUUGACUGUUAUGUCGAGAACACACGCUCCCGGAGAAAAACCGCACCUGAUCGAAGUCAAGGAACAAAGGAUUUCUGCUUUGGCGGUGUCUAUUCUGGUCGGACUUUCGGUGCUUAUGUCGCCGUUAUUGAAGAGGGUACCGAUGGCUGUACUUUUUGGGGUGUUUCUCUACAUGGGGGCGGCGUCCAUCGACGGGAUUCAGUUCUUCGAUCGCAUUAAACUACUCUUUAUGCCGGUCAAACAUCAUCCGCAAGCGUCCUACGUCAGGAAGGUGAAGACAGCGAAAAUGCAUUUGUUUACGUUUAUCCAGCUGAUGUGCUUGGUUGUGCUUUGGACGGUAAAAUCAACAGAAGCAUCAUUGGCUUUUCCCUUCUUUUUGAUUUUAAUGGUGCCAUUAAGGAGCUACUUAACUCGUAUAUUUUCACCAAGGGAGCUACGAGCGCUUGAUGGAGACCAACCGGAUGCCGAUGACGACGAACCCGACUUCUAUGCGGAGGCACCACUUCCUGGAUAGGAACUAAGUUACUUAAUGAGUACAUUUCCUUUAUUAAAGGUAUACUUCCUAAUUCUGACGAUAACACUUAAAGAAUCGAGCGGAACUUGAUAUUUUGUGAUCUAUUUACUGCAAACGGAAUUUUUUCCACGACCUCUGAUAUCGUUUUAAAUGUUUUAGUCUAGAUAUUUUCUCAAGACAUGUUAAUUUAGCCUUAGUUAUUUAAUUAUGUAUAGUGGUGGAUACGUAAAUAUCGAUUUCUAUAUCUUAAAAUUAUUAUAAAACAGUAUUAGUACUUGUGCCCAUAUCGUUUAAUGAAGUGGAACAUUCGUCAUUUCAAUAUCCAUUAUAUCGUAUUUAUUGAAUUGUGAAUUUGUUGCACGAUAAGUGCUUGUUUUGUUAUGGUUUGUUUUGUUACGUAGACAUUUUUAACACAAUUUUCUUGUUACGUUGGGUAAAUUUGGUAGUAGUUCAUACAAGGUUUGUAUGUUCUGGUUCCAAACUUCCCGGGAGAAGUAAAAUUAAAGAUACAAAAUUGUAAGAAUAGGUACAAAAUUAGCCAACUAGGAUAAAUGAACCACGGAGUGUGUCGUGGUGUUUUUCCAAGUUUUUCCUGAUAGAGUUAGUUUGUGUAAAGGUUAACUAGGUAUUACUAGACGACUGUGAUUGGAACAUGGCUCACUAAGGUGCGGUUUAAGAAAUUAGUUGCCUUUGUAGUACUUAUUAUAUUCAUUAGUUACAUCGAAAUUAGCUUCUACGUUAGUUGAAAAUUGUACAAAUGAGGAAUUACACUCAGGGUGACUACAUGAUACAGUCGGCUUUAAUUUCAACAGACUUUAACGGGGAUUAGUGCACAAGGGAUUAUGUUUAUCCAUAUUUCGGAAUAAUAGGCAUAAUUUAUGUAUCGUGCAGUCAACCUUUUUAAAUCAAAAUAGAUAUUACAAAUUGUGGUUGAUGAAUAAUGAGUUUACGAUUCGUUGACUAUAAGAGAUGUUUAAUGCAAACCCUGAAUACAGUAUUUUCUGAGAUUAAACUUAACAAAGUUUCAAAAUUCUGUAGAGUAGUUUAAUCAGAAACUUAAACUUGAAUAGUAUUCUAACUGUGAUUAAAAAUGUCUAUUCUAUUUCUAUAAAUGAAUAACAGUACAA